GCACACACAACAAAUCUCGAGAGCCUUACAGUGCCUUCAGUACCAAUUAUUCUCCUCUGUGGGAAAGCAAGCACCUGUCCUACGGCAAUCACUAGGUAAAAGAGAGGGAUCUAGACUCAUCUGUUCACUUCCCACAAGACUCAAGCAGCGCCACGAUGACUGACUCUCCUCGCCUCCUCCUCUCUCUCCUGCUGGCGACCUCAUGCUGCCUCCUGGUAUUCGGGAGCGCGCCCACCCCACGCCGCAGGAUCACCAAGACUCUGUACCUCAGCAACGGGCUGCCUUGGGGCAACUGGGGCGAUACGGAAUUCUGCGAGGAUAAGAGCUUCGCCGCCUACGUGGAAGCCAAGUUUGAGCCCUACGCCGCCCUGGACGCUGACGAGACAGCCCUCAACGCCCUCAUACUCUAUUGCGUUAGCCUCGAGACGGGACUCCCAACCGGACACAUCGCAUCCACCGUGGGAGUGAAGGGAGAACUACAGGGGAUGAAGAUAUGCACCCAUGGCUUCAUCACUGCGAUCAGGGCCCGUGUAUUGAAGUCACAGGGCACCUUCGGCGACGAUGUGGCCAUACAGAACUUCCAGAUUGAGUGUGAUCGCAGCUACAUCAUCAACGCUGUGGACGGGCAAAGGGACAGCAGGAUUCCCUUGGGCGAGUGGGGUGAGUGGUCUGCCUGCCCCGACGGCUCUGCCAUCUGUGGCAUGGAGAUUCGCUACAACAAAGUUGACGCCCUUACUGAUGACGCGGCCACAUCCGAUGCCGUCUUCUACUGUUGUGCCCUCAACGACACCCUCACGCGCACCAACCAUAGAGACACGGAUGAGGCCGGACAAGGACCAGGCAUCCAUUUGCACCUUGUGGACCAGUGAGAGUGUUGCUGUGUCUACCAAACACUUUAAUUCCCACUGGACGCAAGUGUUUAAAUAUACAAUUCAUGUGUUGUCCUCAUAUGUAUACUUUAGCAUUAUAGAAAUUAAAUCAAAUUAUACUAAACUACAAUGAUGUUUGAGAAUGAAUAAAUUUUAACAUCAUUGUUCCAA